UAGUACUCUCUGCCGCCGCCGCUGCCGCGGGUCCUCCUCCUCCCCUCCCCGGCUGGGGCCGGCUCGGUCUUCUGUCCCUCUGUCCCUCUGGGCUGCGGCGCGCGGAGCCGUCGGGGCGGGCGCUGGGAUGAAGGCCGGGAAGGCGUGGUGGGCGCCCGUGCACCUGGCGGUCCUGCUGAGCCUGGGGGGGCUGCGCGUGGACCUCGAGCUGGGCCUGCGGCUGCCCCCGGCAACGCCCCCAUCCCGGGAGCCCCCCAAGGCCGAGACGGCGGCGGGGCCGCGGCUGCUGCGGGAGCUGCGUGCGCUGGGGGCGCCCUUCAUCCCACGCACGCACGUGGCCGCGUGGCUCGUGCACCGCGUAGCCGCGGCUGGGGGCCAAGCGCCUGGGGACCCCGGCGGCAGCGGCGGCGGCGGCGACGAGAACCAGGAGCCUGAGGCGGCCCCGGAGGUGGCCCCGCAGGAGAAUGAUGGGGACGAGCCCGACCCAGCCUUGGCUCUGAAAGAUGUCUUCCAUUGGAUGGCGCCCCACAUGGAGAAUUCCCUGGAGGGCAUCCCAGACUUCCCCGAGCAUCUGGAAGCCGGGCCGUUCCUGGGUUCCUCUGUGGGGGAAAGAUGGCAGGACUUCCUGUCCCUGCCUGAGCCGCUGGACGUCUCCCCGGCCGGUGACAGCAUGGACGCAGCCUGGCCGUAUGGGACGAACCUCAGCCGGGCCAUCAGCCACAACGUGAGCCUCGGCGAGGCUGUGCUGUGGGGCGCUGAGGCCUCCGAGAGGGCCGCCGGGGCCUGGUCGCCGGAGGGGCCGGAGGGGGCCGAGGCCAGGGCCCGGGACCCGCUCUUCGAGCUGGACGAGGUCGGCCUCCCGGCGCCGGGCCUGGACGAGGGCUUCGAGAGGCUCUUUGAGGAGGCCGACUCCGAUUCGGGCCUCUCCCUGGACUCGAGCCUCAGCAGCGCGUCGGGGGCGGCCGGCGGCGAGCCGCCCUGCCGGGACGAGGGGGCGGCGGGGGGCCACGUCCUGCACAACCACACGUACCCCGCGGCGCUGCGCGCCGGCCUCCCCUUCUCGGCCGAGGAGAUCGCCAGCAUGCCGGCGGAGGCCUUCCAGGGUGUGCUGGCCGGAGGCCGGCUGAGCGCCCCGCAGGUGGCGCUGCUGCGCGACAUCCGCCGCCGCGGCAAGAACAAGGUGGCGGCCCAGAACUGCCGCCGGCGCAAGCUGGACCUGCUGCUGGGCCUGGAGCGCGAUGUGGGCGCCCUGCGGGCCCGGAGGGACGGCCUGCGGCGGGAGGCGGCGCGCUGCCACAAGGCCCUGGGCCUGCUGCGCCGGCAGCUCCACGCGCUGGCGCGCCGCGUCUUCCGCCGGCUGCACGACCAGCAGGGGCGCCCGGUGGACCCCGCGCUGUACGCCCUGCGCUGCGGCCGCGACGGCAGUGUCCUCGUCGUGCCCAAAGAGCCGGCGGCCCCCGGCCUCCGCAGAGACACCCCCAAAGAGAACGGGGGCCGAGGGGCGCCUCCGGGGGCCGCCGGCCAGGAUGGACCAAACUCCCUGGAGGCCCGCUAAGGCCGCGUCUCCCAGACCGAGGCAGCGGCCAUAAGGCGGGUCCCAGCAGAAGGGCCGGCCUUCCUGCGCUCCGUCACCUUCUCCGGCCGGCUCCUGGGAGGCGGGACUCGAACUGGGGUCUUCCGACGGCCAUCCGGCACAGCGCCCGGCCGGGCUUUUCCUUUUUUUUCUGUGUACUUUUUAUGUACUUGUCUUGCUAUGAAAAUAAAUGCUGUAUUGGUAGAA